GACUCUACCGCUUCGACGAGCGCGUUCCCUUGUCUUUGCAUCUUCCAGUCGACCACUACCCCAACCACCAUCACCACCGCCAUCUUCGGAUUGUGCUGUUCCUGACUUGAGCUUGUCCUUCAAAAGGCACAGUCGAUCGAUGGCUUGACGAUUCGCACUUCUUUUUCCAGCUAACGACGCAAGCGCAUUUACCACGCACGAUUUACAAUGAAAUCUUUUCUCGCAAAGCGGCGCAAGUCCGUCUCGGCUGGCCAGGGUGGGCCAGCCCAGUCGAUGGAGGAGAAGCCACCGAUGCCGAUGCAAGGUGCUGGGGCAGCGCCAGCGCUGCCUACGCUCGACAAAGUGAGGAUGCCGGACCUUCGUUUCUCACGCCUCGACCUCGAUCCGAUCGGAGGACUGGGCACGUCCCUCGAAGGGCUAGGAAAUUCGCAUGGCAGCGGCGGCAUCAGUCCCUCGCAGACGCAGCUGCUCUCUCCUUCUACGGGGGCCGCCGUCGCCGCCCCCAAACGAUCGUCUUCCCACACGAAUCUGGCAGCUACUGGCCAAUCGACUUCGCAGCAAUCGGCUUCCCAGAUGAACACGUUGCCCCGCUCCGCUACCGCCGCGCCCUCCAAAGGCGGCAUCAACGGCCUCUUUAACGAUCCAGCAUCCGCUCCCGCCGCGGCUCCAGCUCCGGCCGUAGCUCCGGCCGCAGCUCCGGCCCUAGCCCACGUCCCAGCCCCAAUGCCGGGCCAAGGUACUUUGCCAGGUCAAGGUGUUCCAACGGAGCAAAAGAAGAGAAGGUCGAUGAAAGCUUCGACCCCACCCAGAAGCCCUGUGCCUCAGACACCACCGCCCGACAUUCCACCGCCUCCUGCUCCCUCCAACGUAAAGGGCUCGUCUCCCUCUUCGUCUUCCCCGUCCAGCCGCAGCAAGCCCACGCAGCAAGAGGCGGCCGGUCGAGCAACAAAGGAGGAGGGCAAGACACCCCGGCCCCUGGCCGAGAGCCGGAGUACCUCUUCAUCGCUGUCAAGUCGUGAAAAGGCGCCAAAGGCAACCUCGAGGCCGGACCAAUCUCGAAACGAGCGUGGCCCGGGCCUCAGUCAGAGUCAGAGUCAUGGUCACAUGCAGGCUUCCACGGACGACAGACGAAAGAGUGCGACGGCAUCAUCGAGGUCCAAGUCGCCCCAGCCACCAAUGUCGGAACACGAAGUUCGCCUGGCCCAGCUCAAGGCUGAGUCGGAGAGGGGCGUACAGCGAGCAAAGGAGGACAUGGAGUACAAGAAGAAGCGGAUGGAGGAGCUCGAGAGGUACCAUGAACAGCAGGCGAAGAAUGGCAAGGACAAGUCGCAGCAGCAACGCCCUCUCCAGCAGCAGCGGCAACCCUCUCAGCCGCAGAUGCAGCCACCGCCGCGUCCACAAGCGCAGCCGCAGAUGCAUCCUUCACAGCUGCCGCCACAGCAGCCUCAGCCUCAGCCUCAGCCUCAGCCUCAGCCUCAGUCUCAGCAGCGUGGUCCCCAGGGCCCUCCUCUGCAGCCCAGGCAGCCGCAACAGCCGCCUGAGCAGAGCCGGGGAGAGGUAGAAGCCAGUGGAAAGAAGACCAGCAGCCUCAAGAAGAGGCUAAGCAGCUUUGGACUGACAAAGAAAAAGGAGCCAACGAAGGAGGAGCUGCCGCAGAUGCCUAUGCGUCCUGUGGACCAGCGUCAACAGGCUCAGCAAAAUGGCAGACCGUCGCCACAGCUGCAACAGGCGCCGCCGCCAAGAGACCAAAUGCAUCCACAACAACAGCCUCGAAGCGCCUCGUCGGCCCAGCAGCAGCAGCAGCAGCAGCAGCAGCAGCGACAGCAGCAGCGAGCCCCAGGCACUUUGUCGAACAAAAGCUCGCAGAAGAGCCUCAAGGGUGAGGCAAACCAGCGGAGAUCGCAGCUCCCACCCUCCCCUCGUCCUCCUCCGUCGCCUCAGUCAGCGCAGGAAGCAGCGCAGGAACAAAGACAAGAACCAAUUUCCGACAAGAAGAGCUCUUCCAAUCAGUCGAAGCCCAAGCAACCCCCUCAGCAGCCCCCUCAGCAGAGACCUCAGCAACCACCUCAGCAACCACCUCAGCAACUACCUCAGCAACAGCAGAAACCCCAGCAGCCCACUCAGCAACAGCAGAAACCCCAGCAGCCCACUCAGCAAAAGCAGAGACCCCAGCAGCCGCCUCAGCAACAGCAGACACCUCAGCAAGCUCAGCAGCUUCAGCAGACUCAACCGCCUCAGCAAGCGCCGAAGCAGAAGCCGUCACCCCCUGCAGUCAAGGUGCCUGGCCAAGGAAAGGACGGCGGCCAGAUGGCGGCCUUCCAAUUUCCGAGGCCUAGCCAGGAGCAGCCGCCUUCCCAAGAGCGACGCUCCCCGCAGCCGUCUUUGCAGCAGCAGCAGCAGCGGUCAGUGCCUCCCGGACCCACUCGAUCCAACUCUGCCCUGGUUGCCCGCGAUGGCGUUGCCAAGCCGAUUCCCCCUCAGCGAGGCAUGACCCAAGAUGAAGGCAGGUAUGCUGCCGCCGUGCCCAGCUCGCCCUACAACUCGCAGAAUGAUGCCAUCACAUCCUCUUCUUCCGAGGCGACGACGACCGACGGCGUGGGAUCGCAAUCACAGGAGACAAAUCCCAGUAGCGCAGGGUGGGCAUACCGAAGUGCCGACGACGGCAGUGAAGUCGAAGUGGAUGACGACGAGGGGGUGACACAAGGCCUCCAGCAAGGAUAUGGAUCGGCGCGCGGAGCACCCGAGAGCAUGUCACAGGCAAGGCCACGGCGAGACGAAGAGCGAGCCGAACGAACUCAGUCGCGCCUGUCAAUGAACCUCGAUGGUGAGAUGGAAGCUAAUGCGGGUCAGCAGCAGCAGACACACCAACGAGCGGACAGCAAGUUCGGCGCACUGCUCGCAGGAGCAAAGACCGCCACCCACCAGCACAACAAGAACAGCUCGGGCAAGGGCUCGAGCAUCCUCGACAUGGACGAUGAGAGGAGGAUGAGGCGUCCCUCCACCCCACCACGCCGCCAGAGGGAGAGGGAAAGGGUCGUGCCUGCUGUGAAGAGGGAGCCCAACCCGGACCUGAUCGUUUAUGGCUUUGGCUGGAAGACACACGGUCUUGCAGACUCCUCGUUGAUCCAGUCGCACGAUCGCUUCGAGACAGUCGCUGUCCAAGUCCCCAAAUCAGUCUAUCACGUUAAGAAGGAGCGAAGCGAAGAUGCAAAGGAGGCGGAUGCAAACAAAGAAGAAGAAGAAGAGUCUGAAUCCGAGGACGAAGACGAGGAAGUGCAAAUCGAGUACGAAGAGGAGAUGCACGACGUCCGCUACAAUGACCUCUUCGAGCUCAUUUGGACUUCGACGACGCCCGACGUCACCCAACGCCUCAUCUCCCACCUCGACUUUGCCGAGAUCAAGGCGUUGCGUCAGACGUGCUCCAACAUUCGCUUCACCCUCUCGAGCCACCGCGAGAUGAUCAUAUCGCGCUACCUGGCUUGUGUUGGUUACACGUCCUGGAAGGCUACGACGGCGACUACCGUCAAUCCAAAGACGGGCAAGCGCGUGACGACGGUCUCAAGGGACCCGUGCCCGCUCAGCUUUACCGACUGCGAGGCAUUCUUGCUCAGCCACGACCUCUUGCCCGAGUACGCCGCUGUAGGCAAAGAGUACGCCAUGGCGCCGACGGAGAUGGACCCACGACUGCCACGGCUGGCCAGGGCUACAACGCGAGCGUACAAUCGAGUUUUGACGAGGCUCAGGCUACAGCCCUCAUUCAGGGUACCGACCCCUCCCGGCGGUGGCAGCACCAGCAACAUCAGCAGCAGGCCUCCUCUGCCUUCGCCAAGCGGCAGCCGGCUUUCCGCCAGCCCAAGCCACAGCCCACUUGGCAGUCCCAUUGCUGCCUCAGGCCUGCCACGAGCCAACUCAUACUACCCCUCGCCUUCUCAUUCUCAGAACGGCGGACUGUCGCCCGGUGCUCUCCCAAAUGCGUCCUUGCCAACGCUCACCUCGCCGGUGCUUGCCUCGCCUCGAGGCUCGCCCAAUGGAAGCCCGAAUCUUGACGUGGGCUCAUUUGGCGCCCAGCAGUCUCCGCAGCUCGAAGGCGAGGCUGCAUCGAUGAUCACGCUACCUUCGCCUUACAAGCCUGGUCGAGCUGCACAAUUCCGCGUCUGGGUGCCUGCUCUGGAUUCGUCUGGUUGGCUCUCGGACGAAGAGCUGACUCUUUGCGAAGGCGAGCUAUAUCGAUCAGGCAUCUGGAAUCUGCUCAGACGAGGCGAUGUCGUCUGGGACGUUGCGAUCGGCGACUCGCUCAAUGAGGGUAAAUUCGUCUUCGACGGCCACUACCUCCGCGAUCUCAGCUAUGCCUACGACGUGGCAGGUCACCUGCCUUCUUGGCUCAAUUCGCUCAUCUUCCCACCAUCCUACUGGCACAAUGUCCUGCGAUCCUCGACGUCGCAGCCCGUCAUCUACCUCGACGUGAGCCCGUUCAAGGACCAGAUCUUGUCGAGUCUGAGGCUGGUGCAAGACCACGUCGACAGUGUCAGCCCUCAGGGCAGGUACCGCAUCGCAAAGUGGCUCUACAGAGCUGUUGCAACGACGACGGCAGGCCAGAUCAUCAGCCAGAUGGACCAGAGCCUCCAGGUCGUGGAUAGCGGCUGGCACGGAAAGAUUGUUAUUGAGACCGAAGGCACAGCCGAGCAUGCCAAGGCUCUUGUAUCGCGCUGCGCCGAGGCAGGCGCUACGCCGCAGCAAAAGGCUGCCCUCUUGGCCUCUGUCAUGGGCGGUGAUGCCGCAGCGACGGCAUCGCUGGCCACGGCGGAUUCCAGAGGCCCCCACUAUGGCAACAUGAACAACAGCAACCCCAAGACCACGAGCUCCGGCGGUCAAAAUAAUUUCCCCUUUGUCGUAUUGCGAGAAAGGAGCCGACCAGGACUGAUCUGGAUCCGUCCAGUGGGUGAGAGGGAGCGGGUCACCGCUGCUUAGUCGUCCUGUCGCAAUCCUCUCCUCCUCCCCCCUUUGUCUUCCAUUUCCAUGGAUUUUAUAUCGUUGUUUUCACAUUAGAGGAGAAAGGGCUGGUCUCCCUUUUACAAUCCUCCGCUCCUCCGCCCGUCCGUUAGCAAACACCAGCUCACCCUCAUGUAGAAGAAGAACUUAGUCUGCUGUAAAAGACCUAACCCUUGUCUGUAAUCUGAUACAAUGCUAUCC